AUGCCUGGCUCAUCUCUUUGGCUGCUUCCACCAGCGAACCAUACUUUGAGCACAGUCUUGCCCUGUCUCAUUGACAAAACAUCGAAGCAGUUCGGCUCGCCUCACCGCUUCAUUCCCCAUAUCACUCUGAGUUCAGAGAUAACAGCAUCUAAGCAUGAGCCAGAUCCUCAGGCCUGGCUCGACUCACUCGAUCUGCCGCCUAUCAAGGAUGUGAUUGUAAAGUUCGAACGUCUGGGCAGCGAAGACGUCUUCUUUCGGAAACUGUACAUCAAGUGCGAGAAGCUUGAUGGGAUCAAGCAACUAGCAAAGCAGUCCCGGAAGCAAGUCGAUGGGUUUGAAGAGGAAAGCAAGGCGAAAGCUUGGGCCGAGGACGAGUACAAUCCACAUCUGAGCUUGAUGUAUCACGACAUUCCUCAAAUCGACGACACAGGUCUGGCAUCAGUGGAUUUGCUUGGUGUUAAUCUUGACGGGACAGGAGACCUCGGAGGUUGGACUGGCGGCAGGGUGGUGAUAGUACCUACCGACAAGUCGAUUGAUCAGUGGCAGCCAAUAGGUGAAAGGGUGUUCUGA